AUGGAUCCCCGAGCCCUGGCUUCAGAGAACCACUCGCUUGUGGACAAUUGGGAUGAUGAUCAGGGUUACUACCGUGUGCGUAUUGGUGAAGUGCUCGAUAAGCGGUAUGCUGUUUACGGUUAUACGGGGCACGGUGUCUUCUCCAAUGUUGUUCGUGCCCGUGACAGUGCUAGGGGCAACAUGGAGGUUGCCAUCAAAAUUAUUCGUAACAACGAAGUCAUGCACAAGUCAGGGCUGCAAGAGUUGGAGGUUCUAAAGAAGCUCAACGAUGCAGACGCCGCCGACAGGUAUCAUUGCCUACGACUUUACCGGCACUUUUUCCAUAAAAAUCACCUGUGCAUGGUUUUUGAGUCGAUGAGCAUGAAUCUACGGGAGGUUCUGAAAAAGUACGGUAGAGACAUGGGUCUCCAUGUUGCGGCUAUUCGCUCCUAUACCCAACAGAUGCUCUUGGCUCUAAAACUCAUGCGCAAGUGCAACAUUCUGCACGCGGAUAUCAAACCGGACAACGUGCUCGUUCAUGAAAACAAGAUCACUCUUAAGCUCUCCGAUUUCGGUUCAGCCUGCUCAGUGCAGGAGAAUGAAAUUACCCCCUAUCUCGUCUCACGCUUCUACCGUGCUCCAGAAGUCACUUCGUUUGUCUGUGUGUGUAGUCUCUUCCUCUUGACGGCCGUCGUUUCGAACGAGAACCAGCAGCAGCAACAACCACAUCUGCAACAGAAGUGGCUGAAAGCGACCCUGUUUUGUCCCUCGUGGCUCUACGUUCAGCGGUGGCAAAUUAUGAUUAGGAUUUAUGCCUUGUUGAAUGAAUUUCUAUCUGUAACUGAGGUGUUUAAUCUGUGUUGCGUCUGUGCUCCUAUUGUCCCUCUUCACUCGCAAUCGCCUACGUGUGUAGUCCUCGGUCUGCCCUACGACUUCAAUAUUGAUCUCUGGUCCACCGCGGUGACACUCUACGAACUCAGCACCGGAAAGAUCAUGUUCCCCGGCAAGACCAAUAAUGAGAUGCUGAGGCUGAUGAUGGAGACACGAGGUCGAAUACCGAAUCGUGUCGUUCGUCGGGGCACCUUCCGCGACCAGCAUUUCGACGAACAAUGCAACUUCCUGUAUCAUGAAGUUGACAAGGUCACCCAGAAGGCAAAAACAACGGUGAUGCGAAACAUUCAGAUCACAAGGGACCUCCUUUCUGAUUUAACGGAUGAUCCCCAGCUGACACCACCAAUCUUAAGGAAGAUGACUCAGUUCCGCGAUCUUCUUGAAAAAGUCCUUGUUCUCGAUCCAACCAGACGUAUUUCUCUAAAUGACGCUCUUCAACAUCCCUUCAUUGUAGAGCGUAUUGAAGGGACUUCUUAA